AUGACGGGAACCGAACGAAAAUGCUUCCAAAAGUACUAUCCAUCCGACUUCGAUCCAGCCAAAAUUCCACGUGGCACAAAAUCAGGUGGCCCAAAAAUCGUUCAACGAGUGAUGACACCGUUCAAUAUGCAGUGCAAUUCAUGCUCCGAAAAUAUUUAUAAAGGCCGAAAAUUCAAUAUGGACCGAGAAAAAGUGGAAGGAGAGGAUUAUUUGGGGUUGAAGCUGUUCAGAUUCCACAUGAAAUGUCCGAAAUGGUUGAGUCAGAUUUCGUUUCGAACCGAUUUGGAGAACUGUGAUUAUAAGUGUGAGCAAGGAGCGAAACGACUAAAUUCAGAUGGAGAAGAAGGCGUUGGAAUUCGGAAUUUUGGAGACGUCAAGGAUUCAGAAGACGUUCUAGAUCCAAUAACUCUUCUGGAGCGCCGCACAAAGCAGAGUAGACGCGAGAUGAAGGCACAGGAAGAAUUAGAAGGAAUUCUAGAAGCAAACAGUGGAAAAGAAGGCGUUGAUGCAAUUGGGAUUCUGAAAGCAGAGGAAGUCUUAAAAAAUAAGAUAGACGAAGAGGAAGAGGAGAGAAUGGUCAAGGAGCUGUUCAGGAAGAGCAUUCCAGAAGCAAAGAAGAUUCAGAAGACACCAGAAAAGCCGCCAAUCGAUAUGAAACGAAAAAAUGAGCAGAAGGAGCGGUUUGCUGGAUUUAAAUUGGUUAAAAAAACAUCUUCGCUCUCGUAUCCACCUGCUACAUUUAGUUCCGCCUAUCUAAGCGAUGAUUCUGAUUGA